UAAAAAAGAUAUGAUAUGAGAUAGAAAGGUAUCAGUGGCUGAGAGAGAGUUAGAAAGAAAUGACAAGAUUGGGGAAUGGAACUGGAAAAUUACUGCCAUUUGUGGGAAUGAUGGUGGCUAUGCUAACUCAAAGUGGCAGCAUGGUGGUAAUCAAAGUUGCCAUGAUUGAUGAUAUCAACAAAUAUGUCAUGGUUGUCUACUCUUUUGCACUCUCCACAAUCUUGCUUCUUCCCUUUGCCUUGUUUCUCCACAGGUCAGAACGUCCUCCUCUCACGUUCUCUGCACUCUGCAGCUUCUUUCUGCUUGCAUUCUUUGGGAGUUCAGGAACUAUAAUGGCUUAUGUUGGAAUUGAACUGAGCUCGCCGACACUUGCCUCAGCCCUUCUUAACCUCGUUCCAGCUUUCACUUUUAUACUUGCUCUCAUUUUCAGGAUGGAAGAAGUACGGUGGAGGAACUCAAGCAGCCAAGCUAAAGUGUUAGGAACAGUAGCAUCAAUUGCAGGAGCAUUUGUUGUGAUACUCUACAAGGGUCCUCUCAUCUUUAAGACGCAUUCGACUAACUUUUCUAACCAAAUCCUUCAAUUUUCAGCACAGCUAAAUUGGAUCUUAGGAGGGAUAUUCUGCAUUGCAGAUUCACUUUUUACUUCCAUGUGGUACAUAUAUCAGGCUUCGGUAGCAAAGAAAUACCCUGCUGUAACAGUGAUUGUAUUCUUCCAACUCUUAUCUUCAACCGUGCAGUGUGGAGUAUUUGCCUUAAUUGCUGUGAGGGAUCCGACUGAAUGGAAGCUCAACUUGGAUAUAGGGCUGAUUGGCGUUCUAUAUCAGGCAAUAGUUGCAACAAUGAUACGUUACCUACUAUGCACAUGGUGCGUCCUUAAAGCAGGUCCUCUGUUUUGUUCUAUGUUCAAACCUGUGGCAAUCAUUUUCACCACUUUCAUGGGUGCAAUCUUUCUUGGAGAUGAUUUCAGUCUUGGAAGUUUGAUUGGUGCGGUUAUAAUCGUGGUUGGAUUUUAUGCUGUAUUGUGGGGGAAAUCCAAAGAGGAGAAUGAGAUUGCAAAAGGGGUUGAGAACUUGGAGUCACCAUGCCAUAAUGUUCCUUUGUUGCAAGAUAGGAACAGGUUCAAGCUGUGAAGAUUUUAUCACCUUAUACUUGAAAACUUUUGGAUACUAAAAGUGGCUAGUCAGGCAAGCUAUCUAUAGAGUUGAUUAAUGACAUAUAUUCAAUUAUUUUAUCUAUAUGAACUGAAAUGUUGUAAAUUAUUAUGGAGUUGAAAUGGUGUAAAUUAUUAUGGAGUUGAGUUGGUAUUAAAUUGACUAAUAUGCUUAACAAGAAAAAAGAUUCUAAUUGUAAAGAUGAUUAUGAGCAAGCAUGGAAUAAUAUGCUUAACAAGAAAAAAGGAUUCUAAUGAUAAAGAUGAUUAUGAGCAAAUUCAAAUUACAAGGAAACUCGGUAAGAUAAACUAAGGAAACUCAAUACUAAAUCUCCAAAAGCAAGUAAGGACUCUAUAAAUCACUAAUGAGUUUUGGAGACCAUUUUUAAAAUGUAAAAGAAUUGUGUAAUAAUAAAUCUAUUAAUAUUAUUUGUUCUAGGUGUAUGGAAUUCAAAGUUUGAAAUGUUUUAUGUGAAGGAAAUCAUUAGGAAUAAUAUAAGUGAUCUCCAUCUAUUUAUUUUAUCUUUUUUAGUUCUUUUUUCAUAAUAGGUAUUAUUUGUCUAUGUGAACAAUGUAAUUUUAUCAUGGAUUUAGUGUAAUCCCUUUCUGUUUUUCUUUUCUUUCUUUCUUUUUAAUAAAAUCUUAAUGUAAUUGUAGUGAUACAUAGCAUAAGCUUGUUGGUAAUUGAUAUUAUAAUUUUUAGAAUGUGAAUUACUUAUCUUAAGCCAAAUUUUAAGAUCAAUUUGAGAGUUGAUGAUUCAUAUUUUGGUUGAAUUGUUAUUUCUAUAGUUUUGAAUAGAUAAUAGUUGGAUGAUAAUAAUUUCUCAGACUAAGCACUGUCAUCCAAGCAUCGCAAUGACCACUCAAAUAAUGAAGAAUAGGAGUUUUAGAGAGUAUUCUACGUCUUGAUGGCAUAUGCAAUGUCAUGUUGCUCCAGCGAUGGUGUACACUUAAGUUGGGAAAAUUAAUGUUUCUUUUCUUUCCUUUUGAUGGUUCAUAUUUUGGUUGAAUUUGUAAUUCUAUAGUUUUGAUAGAUAAUAAUCAAAUGUUAAUAAUUUCUUACA